AUGGCCAUAAGUGGCUUUAUGCCAGCAUGGAUGAAAAUUUCCAAUUCAGAUAAAACAAAUGGUAAUCAGAAAUUGAGUAUUGAACGAUCAAAUAAUAAUAACAAUAAGCAUCAAUUACAAAAUGAAAUCAAUGUAACAGGGCAAUAUCGAAAUAAAUCUAAUGAUCAACAAUCAACACCUGAUUUAGAUGAACAAUCAGAGAAUUUCUUUUCAUUUCAAUCUCGACGUUCAUUUAGUCGAGAACGUUUAUCAAAUUCAAUUGGCAAAGGUUCAGAAUUAAAUACACAUGAUUAUUCAUUUUCGUCAAAUAAUCGUUCAUUAACAAAUUCAAAUACAAAUCAUCAACAUCGUUUACAUUCCAUAUCAUCAUCAUCAUUAUAUAAUAAUGGUCAUAUAACAAAAACAAAUAAUCGUAAUAAUUUAACAAAUGAAAAUAGUUUAGAACGUUUAUCUAAUGAUAAUCAUGAACGUAUAUAUGGAGAAAAUCAUUCUGAUAUAAUAAUAAAAACAAAUGAAAAUCAAUUUGAUCGACUUGAAAAAGAUUUUCCAUCCUUAAAUCGACGAGAUUUAGUAUCAAAUAAUAAAGAACAAUCAUCUAUAUGGAAUAAUGCAUCAUCAAAAUUUCGUAUUUCAAAUCAAGGAAAAUUUUCACGUACAUUUGGAUCAAAUCGUCUUAUAACACGACGUGAUCGUUUAUUAAGUACACCAAAUAAUUUAAAUACAAAUACUCGAUCAAUGAUACAUGAAUUACAAACAAGUUGUAUAACACAAACAAAAAAUUUAGAUAAACGUAGUAAUUUUUUAAAUUCAUUAAAAAAUAAUUCAAACAAUGAAGAAAAAAAUAUAAAUAAACAUCAUUCAAAUCAAUCAUCAAAAUUAAUAGAAAAUUCAAAUGAAAAUUUUCAAUCAACAAAAGAAACAUUACUUUUAUUAUCUGUUCCUGAAACAUCAGAAGAAAAAGAGUUGAGUACUAAUUCUAGAAAAUUUUGUGAAACAAUAUUUUUAACGAAACAUUGA